GCACCCCGCCCCGGCCGGCGGCGCGCACGGCGAACAUGGCGGCGGCGGUGGGGCGGGACACUCUACCUGAGCACUGGUCCUACGGCGUCUGCAGGGACGGGCGCGUCUUCUUCAUCGACGACCUGACCCGCACCACCACCUGGCUGCACCCUCGCACCGGGGAGCCCGUCAACUCCGGCCACAUGAUCCGCUCAGACCUGCCCCGCGGAUGGGAGGAGGGGUUCUCGGAGGAGGGCGCCAGCUACUUCAUCGACCAUAAUCAGCAGACCACGUCAUUUAGACAUCCUGUGACAGGACAGGUCUCUCCAGAAAAUAUUGAAUUUAUUUUACGAGAAGAACAGAAUUCAUCUAUGUCCAAGCAACAAAUAAACCAAAGACCUUCAAGCAUGGUCAGUGAAACGUCCACUGCAGUAACUACAUCUGCUGUUGAUACAAAACCUGGCUCUAAGGUUGUGAAGGCUGGAAGCAAAGUUCAUAGCUUUGGAAAGAGGGAACAAGCUAUCAGGAGGAAUCCCAAUGUUCCUGUUAUAGUAAGAGGCUGGCUGCACAAACAGGAUAGCUCUGGAAUGCGAUUAUGGAAAAGACGAUGGUUUGUGCUUGCUGAUUAUUGUUUGUUUUACUACAAAGAUAGCAGAGAAGAAUCUGUUCUGGGGAGCAUACCAUUGCCUAGUUAUGUCAUAUCUCCAGUUGGACCUGAAGAUCGUAUAAAUCGCAAAUUUUCUUUUAAGGCUGUUCAUACAGGUAUGAGGGCAUAUAUUUAUAAUAAGAAUUCUGUUAUUGGCUCUCAGGCAGAGCAUUCAGGGAUGCGGACAUACUACUUCAGUGCUGAUACCCAGGAGGACAUGAAUAGCUGGAUCCGGGCUAUGAACCAGGCUGCUCUUAUGCAAACACGCUCUUCACUGAAGAGAGAAACUGCAAAAGUGGAUCAGCAAGCUGUUCCCCAAGUCAAUCAUGUGGAUGCCUGUAAAGAGUGUGUGAAGGCAGAGAAUACAGAUACAAAAGAAAGUUAUCAAAAAUCAGCUGAAAUGCUUGGAUAUGAUAAGCGUGAAGAGAUAAGAAGAGAAAAGGAGGAGGAAGAGCGUUACAUCCACAGAAAAGGAACUCUGGAAACUAAAAAGGGAAAGGCCAAGCAUGCGUUAACAGAAGCUGAUUCAUUAUUUCCAGACUUAACGAAUGCAUCGAAGGCAUCGUGGUCCCAAGUAGCUCAGCCUCAGCCAGCUGAGAAGAAUGGAACCCUUCCUAGUUCAUUAAGUGUGAGUGCUGGCCUAGUGGAGCAGAAUGGUACUGGCUCAUAUAAAAGAGGGUUUGUUCCCAGAACAAAUCCAGAUAAGCAGUUUCAAAGAAAAAGUAACAUGGCUCAAGUGGAACACUGGGUAAAAGUCCAAAAAGGAGACACAAAAAGCCUCACUUCUGAUCAGACUCUUACACGUCAGGGUCCCAAUCCUCCUUUUCCUGAAAACUAUCACACUUUGCCAAAGAAUACCAGGCAGCCUUCAGGGAGCUCACCACCACCAAACCGCAAUUUGCCGAGUGACUACAAAUAUGCACAAGAUCGUGUUAGCCACUUGAAGAUGUCCCAGGAGGAAAGGAAAGCAAAUAAGGAUGGAACUGUUUGGCAGCUGUAUGAGUGGCAGCAGAGACAGCAAUUUAAGCACGGCAGCCCCACUGCCCCGCUUUAUGUAGGUUCCUCAGACUUUAUUGAUCGUGGUAAGUCAAAAAGUUCAUUAGAUGUUCCACGAUCAAUAUCUGUUCCACCCUCUCCAUCCGAUAUUCCUCCACCUGGACCUCCAAAAAACUUUCUCCCAAGGAGACCACAUACUCCUGCAGAAAGGCUCACAGUUAAACCAUCUGAUGACAGACAGACUGUAGACGUUCCUUUUGCUGGAUCACCCAGGAAGAUAAGAAAUCAUGCUGUAAAGAGCUCCACUCACCUGGACCGGCGCUCCAUGCCUGCCAUGGGCUACAUGACACACACCGUGAGCGCACCCAGUUUGCACGGCAAGUCGGCUGAUGACACUUAUAUCCAGUUGAAAAAGGAUCUGGAGUAUUUGGAUCUAAAGGUGACAGGACGUGACACAUUAAAAGAAAGAAGUACAAAACCUGUCAAGAUUGCAGAAAGUGAUAUUGAUGUGAAGCUAAGCAUUUUCUGUGAGCAGGACAGAAUUCUGCAGGACUUGGAGGACAAAAUAAGAGCUCUUAAGGAGAAUAAAGAUCAGCUGGAGUCUGUUUUGGAGGUUUUACACAGGCAGAUGGAUCAGUACAAAGACCAACCACAACAUGCAGAAAAAAUAUCUUACCAGCAGAGACUUUUGCAAGAGGAUCUUAUUCGUAUUCGGGCUGAAAUAUCCAAAGUUUCAACGGAAAUGGAAAAUGCCUGGAAUGAGUAUCUGAAAUUAGAAAAGGAUGUGAGCCAACUGAAAAAAGCCUUACAGGAACAGAUGAACAGUUCAUUGCUAUCUCAGGAGAAAACACAAAUACAAAAAGACUUGUGGAGAAUUGAAGAUGUUACAGCUGGCUUGAGUGCAAAUAAAGCAAACUACAAAACCAUAGUAGACUCUAUUAAGAAUCCAGAGAGAAAAACAGUGCCUUCGUUUCCUCAGUCUUCAGUGCCUUCCUUACCAGCUUCCCUUGCAACUGCGGAGAGCAAACUUCCAGUUGCGCAGAGCCCUCCACGCAGCCCGGUUAAAUCCCCUCUGGAGGUCAGGCUGUAUCCACAGCCUUAUUUCCAAACCAGAACACAGCACCAAGCACAGCAGCUGAAAAAAAUCGAGCCACCUCUUCAGUCACCAGUUAAGCUCAAGCCAAAGGUUGAAGAUGAAGCACCACCCAGACCUCCUCUCCCGCAGCUGUACAGUCCUGAUGAUCAGCCACCAGCUGUUCCACCACUCCCAAGAGAAGCCACUGUCAUCAGACACACAUCAGUGCGGGGCCUGAAACGUCAGUCAGAUGAGAGAAAGAGAGACAGAGAACUCGGACAGUAUGUAAAUGGAGAUUAUAGGGUGGAACUGCGUUCAUACAUGAGUGAACCAGAACUCGCAAUGAUAGGGGGUGACCUCAGCCAUCCUUCCAGUGCUUUAAUAAACCCUGACAGUGGAUACCAGACAUUACCUACCCGUGGUUUGUCUGGAUCAACUUCCAGAUUGCAUCAGUCAUCUACCAUUUCAUCGUUUGCAACACUCCGAAGGGAUAGGUCCAAGGAGAGACCAAAGAGUGCCUUGGAACGUUUAUACUCUGGAGACCACCAAAGAGGCAAGAUGAGUGCAGAGGAACAGCUAGAAAGAAUGAAGCGACAUCAGAAGGCAUUAGUUCGUGAGCGCAAGAGGACUCUUAGCCAAGGAGAAAGGCAGUCUGUUUCAUCUCGGUCUUUCAUCAGGCCCGUUUCUGCAGACGUAGGCUCAUGGAAACGAGAGCAAGAAUUUGAUUUGCAGUUACUUGAGAGGGCAAUUCGUGGAGAAGAGAAGGAUGAAAAUGAAUGGUUAAAAGUUCAGCCAGUAGCAGUGACAGAGACAGACCUGGAGCCUCAAGACUAUGAUUUAGAUAUCAGCAGAGAGUUGUCAAAACCUGAGAAGGUUGUAAUUCCAGAACGUUAUGUUGAACUAGAGCCAGAAGAGCCUCUUUCUACGGAAGAACUGGCAGCAAGGCAGCGUAAAGCAGAAAAGAUAAAGAAUAUUCUUACUAAAUCAAGUAUGCACAAUCUGCAGCCUACUGUAGCCCAGGACAAACACAACUCGAUUGAUUUAGAUUCACAGCUGCAAGAGCAGGAGCGCAUCAUUACCAUAUCAUACGCUUUGGCUUCUGAAGCCUCUCAGAGGAGCAAGGAGGUAGCAGCUCAGCAGUUGACCUAUCCACCUAAAGCACCCUCACCUUCUGUACCACAGCCACCUCACUCCCCCUUAAGCAAUGGAUUUCACUACACAUUUGUUUAAACACCUUAAAAGUAAGAACUAACUGCUCUCGGCAUGUCUGAUUUGCCUCUGUGCCUGUGCUGUGGCUUGCUAAAUUUUAACAUCUUUACUAAACCGAAAUUGGAUCCAAAUGAAAGCAUGCAGCUCUUUUUCCGAAACCUUUCAUUCUUGUAAAUAUUGCAUCUAAUGAGCUAACACGUGGGCUUCUGAAAUCUUCAUGUAACUCCUGUCACUCUACAGAUGAGGUGCUUUCAUGAUCUUGCAGUGGUGAAGGAAGGAGACAUCUGUCCUCUUGGUAGCAAGGGGCCAGAUUUUCAGCAGCCGUUUGCACUCCGAUGGCCACUGCUCUGUGCUCCUGUGGCAGCUGGGGGGGUGCACAGGUGCUUUUUGCCUGUGUGUGGCAUAAGCAGUUGUUGCUCAAGAGAAUCCAAAGAGCACAGUUGUAUGAGCAGGGGGGUUCAUUUGUGGGCUGCUGUCUUACACGUGAGCUGGCAUCAGAGUCCUUACUGAGGUGAGCUGAAAAUUUGGCCCUUGAUAACUUAAGUUUACAACCUUGUGUCUGGCUAUGAUUGUGCCUUGGAUGUGUUUUUCAUUGAAUCGUGUUACCAGAAGAUUAUUUUUGUCUCUGAUGAGGUUGUUUUGCCACUUCAAAUCUCGUUGUCCUUAUUAAGAAAUGUCUUUAUUUGUCUCUCUUCCUGGUAGGACUUGCAGAGUUUUCUGGAAAUAGGAAAACAUGCAAAUAUUAUAUGUGACUGCUAAGUGUGUCCCUAGUUAAGGCAAUUGCUACGCAUCCAGAGUUUCCUUUGAUACUAUUCACACCUUUUUGAUGUCUUUUGGCCUAAUUUUAUUGCCUGAAAUUGAAGAAAAAGAUAAAACAUAGAUGAAAUAGUAAAGAGACUUGAUUAACUCAAAUAGCAUUAAUCUUUAGAUAACUUUGUUUAUAUGCCACUAAUCUGAGUCAAAUAUCUGUGCAAAAAAUAAAAAUCUAAAUGGAAAUGGCCACGUACCAGAAAGGCCCAAAGGGGCUGGUGACCUGCCUUCUACAAGACCUGUGAAAAAUGACAAAUUUACAUCAAGAGAGAUGUAGAAACAUUAAGAGCCUCUACAGAGGAAAGGACUUGAUGGAAAGGACUCUUUGCUUUUCUGGUUUAGUUUAUCUUUCUGAGAACCAGACUUUACCAUCUUUUCUGUGUCUGAACAACACCUGACUCUUCUAUAUCCAGGGGUAUGCUAGCUGAUUUUUGCUAUCACAUAAGAUCUUUGCAUGUGAAGAGGUCUCAAGAGGUCUCUACCCUGUGGUCUAAAGAACCCAGAAAAAUAAUUGUACAGUGCCAGAGUAUUAAAUAUUAGAUAUGAAAAGGUACCUUUUCUUGAGAAAAAUAAAUUAAUUGUGAUAACCAGCACCAUGCAGAGGACACAGGUGUUUGAGCAUCAGUGGCAUCAUGAGAUAAUUGUUCAUUUAAUGUGUCUGUAUGAACUGUUUGUUCUGCCAAACUGCAGAAGGCUUUAAAAAAAAAAAAAAAAGUUUCCAGAAAUUGCUUACUGCUUGGCAUUGUUUUACUUGUUUCAGUAUUUAACCAUGUUUUAUUUUACUUCAUAUUAGCCAAAGCAGUAAGUGAACACUGACAUAAGACUCGAGGCAAAUCCCACCUAGUGACACAGCGUGGAAGACAGAGGAGGUUCUUCACCAACUUUCUGUGAAGAUACUCAUUGGCUGAUGACACAUUCUUCUGGAAAUACAUUCAGAAAAUAAUAGGGGGAUUUUCUAUGAAAAUGAAGAGAACUGCAAAUCUUUUUUUAUUUACUUCGGUUUAGUUCACAUUUUUUAUACGAAUAAACGGCACUUUCAAUAAACUCUGUAAAAUACUGACAAUGUAUUUUUAGAACAAUGUAUUUUAGAUUUUUGUUUUUUUAAAUCAAGGGCUGAAUUCAUUUUAAAAGACACUACUUGCAUGGAUAUUAAAAGACAUUGUUACUUCCCCCUCAGGCUCAGAUGCACAUUGUAAAGUUUUGUGAAAAAAACCACACAUUUGAACAAACCUGGGAGCACAUUCACAGUGUGCAUAGAUAGAACAAACACAGGUGAAAUGCUUGGUGAAAGGGUGUUUUGGAUUGAAUAUUUUUGUAGAGUUAAUCACCCACCCUUUUGCCCAUUAAAUAAUACAUUGCAAGAACUUUUAGCUUGAAUUUCUAAAUAUUAGUAACCACUGUGUAGCUUAAAUUUCUCAAGAAAGCCAUAAUGAAAACCAGUUUUAACUCCCAUUUCGUUUUUUGAUCCCAGAUAACUAUCUUGCUGGUAUCAAUACACACAGUUUGCUAGGUUGCCCUUGACAGUAGUGCUGCCCUCUCCAUAACAAACAGCUAACAAAUUUUGGGAUUUUUUUGAAAGUUGAGAUGUGAAAGAAGAUGACUUUUAAUUAAAAUAUGUGAAGUAAGCAAUAAAAAAUUAUAAUAUGUCGUUUUACUAGCAAAUACGUAUUUUUCUUCUGAUUUUUUUUUUUUCAAUAAACCUUACAAUAUGAUGUAUUGACUAGUAUUUAUCCUGGAAACAGCAAAACUAAUGUAAUGUGGCACCUGCUAAUUUCUUAUGUAUGUUCACUUGGUGCUUAACUUUGCCAAACUUUUCAGUGUUGUACUUAUGCAUAGGGCAAAGGGUGAGGUAGUUACCUAAGAAGAAAAUAAGAUUAAAUGAAUUGCUGCAACUAUACUUGAAAAAACCCUGUGUACACACUGAAUGCAAGACAUGCAAAAAUUUCCCAACGUUAUGUAAUUAGUAGCUGAGUUCAGCUCUGGGUGAGAAAUAACUGAGAAAUACUUCUGCAGUAUUUUGUGAAACCACUAACUUGUUUAUUUCCUGUAUUCGAGUAAUAGCUAAAAACCCCUUGAAAUUGACCCUCGUGUUUCAGACAAAUCAUAUUAUAUUAACACUUGUACUCAGAAAUAUUCUUAAAAGUAUAUAUUUAGCUAAUGCAAUCUAUUUUACCUCAAUACUGCCAGUAUCAACUUCAAAACCUUUUGCCAAAAUAAUGAUUUAUUUUUGCCUUUAUAAAAAGUUUUGAAAGCAUAAAUGAAUAUUUUGCAAGAAAACAUUAAUUUAAAUAAAAUGUAACAGUUUGGAAAAUGGUAUAUGUACAGAUUAAAAUAUUAACAUAA